UUGGAAAUAGAUCUACCGGAAGUUAAUCUGACAGAUAGAUAUCCGAGAGGAAAAUUCACUUUAUCAAGUGAUUUGAGAGAAUAGGGGGACGAUGAAGACAAGUUAAUCAGUACAUAAUGUUUGUUGUAUAUUGCAACAUUAAUAAUGUUCAGCCCUAUCAAUCUGUGACAGAUACAUCAUGGGUCAAAAUGAGAGUAGCAAAAUCGGGGUUGUUGGCGGAGCUGACAAUGCAGCAUUUAAUGAAACAACCAACCAUGAAAGACCCCCAUCUAUCCCUAGAGACAUACCACCUCACAUACAGGGGGCUCAUGUGGGAGAGCCCACAAAUCCCAACAGAGCCCCUUUGGCCCGAUCAGACCCAUCUAUAGGGAAUAUAUCACAAUAUUUAAGAGUGGAUAAUCCUAUUGAGAGUGCAGCACAUUCUGAAGGCAGUAGACCACACAAACAUGGCCAACAACCCCAUCAUAGGGCUGACACUGUCAGUACAGAAGAUCUGAAUGUAAAUGAAUCUUAUACUAAAGUUGUGGAGAAAUCUAAAAUAGAACAUGACAUACAUCCUGUAAAUGAUGCAGUUGUAGCCGCCCAGGCGAUAUCUCCAGAGGGAAAUGCCGCACUAAGUUGUAGAACUGAAUCAACUGAACCAUGUUCUGAGGUACAGGAGCCAGUGAAACCUCGGCGGCGUGUAAUGGGACCUGAUCUAAGUAAACUAAGGAAAUCUGCUCAAAUGUACGAGAAAUCUUACAAAGUUAAAAAACCAGUAAAGUCACUUGAACAGCCACUUCAAGAAGAUGAUACUAAAAUUGAUGAUCUACAAGGCAAAAAUAAAAAUAAAGCUAGUCACCCUGAAAGUUUAAGCAUUGGGGACACUCUGAGAUGUCAUAAUAAAUCAAAGUCUAGUCAAAAUAGUAUACAGUCAGAAAACCAAAAAGUUGAAUCCUUGACUAUAAAAGAAGACAAACUUUCCAAAAACAUUGCUGCUUCCCAUACAAAAGAAGAAAUUGAAGCAGAGCCUGCUCAAGAUAAACCACAAAAAGCAAUAAAUAGUGAAUUACAUCGAAAUAGAGCUGAAGAUAUAGACAAUGUAUUAAGUGAUGAGAUUAUUUCCAACAUCGAAGUCCAUACUGAAUCAGGAGAUAAUAAUACACCAAAGAGUGUAAAUAACUCCCUUAUAGGAGCUGUAAAAAUUGAUGAACCCGACACUGCUUCUAAUCAAAACAACGAAGACAAAGCAAUACUUAGUGAUGUUCAUAAUAAUGAAAGUGGCGACAAGGUCUUAAAUGAACUCCAGCUUAAACCAUCUGAUGAAACUCAAAUUAAAAUUGUUGAAGAAACAGAACAUAUCAUGCCCGUGUCAGAACCUAUUUUUGAAGAAUCUAAAACAACAGAAAAACAUUCAACAAAUCAACCUAGGGAUGUUAAAUCUGAACCUGGUGAUGUUAAAUCUGAACCUGGUGAUGUCAAAUCUGAACCUGGAAAUGCUGAACCUCAACCAAAUGAUUUCAAGGUUAAGCCUGAUGAUGUCAAACCUCAACCAGAUGAUGUCAAAUCUCAACCUGGUGAUGUCAAAUCUCAACCUGGUGAUGUCAAAUCUCAACCAGAUGAUUCCACAGAUCAACCAGUAGCAACCAAAAUACAACCUAUGUUAAGUCCUAGUAAUUAUGCUGCCACAUCCUCCAGGUUCCUCACUGGCAAUAGACCAGAGAAGCCUACCACAAAAAUGGUGAAAGUAAAAAGAAAUCUGCCAGGAGAAUCAAAUAGUAAAGAUGAUAAAAACAUAGCAGAUACUGGAAAAGCAAUAAAAAGCAAUGAAGUUGGAGGUGAAAUUAAUGCCUCUGAUGGUAACGAGGGUGAUGUAGCUUUAGAUGAUACAGCAGUAGACCUUCAUGAGAAGUCUGAGACAGUUGAUGAAACAGAUAUUAAAGAAAGUAUUGAUCUGCUAGAUAAACCCCCACUUGAUCUUACAACAGAUGGAAUAGAUGAAAUAAUAGCAGGUCUGGCAGAUUUAACAAUGGCAGACAGAAAAAAGGAGAAUUUAGAAAUAAACAUUGAAAGUAAGAAGAUACUUGAUAAUACCCCCAUAACUAAAUUAAAAGGUGUCAAAUUGAGUCAGUCAAUGGACACAGGCUUAGACAACCCAGAGAACUACAAGGAGAACACCAAAGAUCAAGGCAAACAAAUUGAUCUUAGAAAUGAUAAAUCUCUCCCCCAGAAUGAAACCUUGAAUCAAACUUUGUCCAAAUCAACAUCUGAUUUAACCCUGGACUCAACACCAGAAGUGAGUUCAUUAGAUUUGAAAAUAUCGAAAGAUAGUGAUUUAAUAACCGUUACAAAGUAUAACACAUGGCUGGAUCCAGACAGUCAAAACAUUGGAAAUGAGCAGUCAAAUGAUAUAAAUUUAUUAGCAGCCUGUGAAGGAAAUGGAAUUAGACAGAAUGAUGGAGAUAAUUGCCGUGUGCUCAGUGAUAAUAGUUUACAACAUACAUGUACAGCUGAGCAGGAGGUCGAUAUGGAAUUCAAGGUUGAGUUUGGACAGACUUAUUUAAGUAAAGCUCAUCAAGUAAAGAAUACAACUUUCAAAUUUACAGAAGUAAGUCAACAGGAUUUACCCAGCAAACAACAUGAAUUACCAGACAAACAACAUGAAUUAUUCAGCCAUAAGCAGCAGACAGAACUGCCAGACAAACAUCAAUCUAUAGCAAAUAAAAAAGAUGAACAUAAAACAAUAUUCAAAAGAAGUGUAAGUGAAGAUGUCCAUGCUGUAUAUGAGAGACUCAAUGGUGACCUUGACACAGGUCAAAGGGCAAAAUUGCGACCCCACAGUAUCUCAUUGGAUGAUUACCAUGAAGAUGUUCAAAGACCACCUACAGUUCCUGAGAAACUCAACUUUGAAAAUCUGGAAAAGUUUGAGGGUCAGAUGUUACUGCAAUGGCUGUGUUCAGAUGUCAAAUCCCCUCAGAUGUCUCCCCUGGAUACAUCUCACCUACCCCCAGACGUCACUGCCCCACCCACAGAUAUCUCACCACCUCCCCCAAAUAGCCGAAUGUUUGCCAUUCAGUUCUGUACACACCUCCUGGCUGCUGGGGUGAUUAAACCACUGGAAUCUAGCAAUAAGAUGCAACCGGAUAUAUUUAGGGCAGACUGUAUGUACUUCUGGGCCCACAUAGAAUGUACCCACCAUCCCAUGAUUGAAGUGGUCCCUGUAAAGAUGCCAGACUUUCAGUGGCCACCUAACUUUGAUGAUAUAGAGAAAGCGAUUGAACCUGACCCAGUUUCUGGUGGCAGCACUAGUCAUUCUAUCCGAGCGGCCCUAAGGAGAGAGUAUGAGAAAAAGAUGAAAUGCUUCAAGGAGCAUUAUGAACAAGCAAUACUAUCCCAAAGAGGGGAGCUGAAACUACAGACUAUGCAAUAUGAAGCAAAGAUAGCUCAACUGGAACGUGAUCUGGAGAAAUAUAAACUCUUAUCAGACAUUGAAAAUCUGAAGCUGGGUGCUUUGUCAGAAAAUCAGAUUAGUUCUGAUUUAGGACAGAAUGGACCUUCAAGGAAGAGUGACUUACCCAAUGGACAUUCUGUGCCAGAGUCCCCUCAGUCACAGCAGAUAAAACCUCUAGUUCCUCCGCCUCCGCCACCACCUCCCCCUCCUGGGGGAAUUCCCCCACCCCCUCCCCCACCUGGAGGUAUUCCUCCUCCCCCUCCUCCACCCGGAGGCAUACCCCCUCCCCCUCCUCCACCUGGGGGAAUACCCCCACCUCCUCCCCCACCAGGAGGAGGCCCUCCUCCCCCACCUCCAAUACCAGGUGGUAUUCCACCUCCGCCAGGUGGCCCAGGUGUAGCCAUGCUAGUAGCACCCACAGCUGUCCCAAGGAAGCCUGUUGUCCAGCCCAAGUCUCCCAUGAAGGCUUUGUUUUGGCGCCGCAUACAAGUCCCCCAGACCCAGUCCCCUCUUGCCAGUCCUGCUAGCAGUCCCUCUAGGAAAAAGCCCCAUAGUGUAUGGGAAGAUAUAGAUGAAUUAUCCAUAGAUAUCACAGAAUUAGAUGAGCUUUUUUCCACACAAAAAGCCAAGCCAAAGAAAGAUAAAGAGAAGACUAGCAAACCUAAAAGCAGACAGGUUGCUAAGUUACUUGACAGCAAGAGGUCGCAGAGUGUUGGAAUAUUUGUAUCAAGUCUACAUAUGGACAUGGGUGAUAUAGAACAAGCCGUGUUGAAUUUUGACAUAUCAGUUCUUGGCCUUGAGACUCUACAGACACUCUAUGAUAAUAGACCAGAGAUGGAUGAACUGAAGCAGAUCAAAGAUCACGUAGAGACAAAGCCAGACAUCGCCCUAGAUAAACCUGAACAGUUUUUCUUCAACCUUUCGCAGAUUCCCAACUUUGCAGAGAGAGUUUAUUGUCUGAUCUUCCAGUCUCAGUUCAAGGAAACCAUUAACUCAUUGGAAACCAAGCUUAACAACCUCAGCUCACUUUGCCAGGAAUUGCAAGAUAGUGCGGGGGUACAUAGAAUAUUAGGAAUGAUUCUGGCAUGUGGCAACUACAUGAAUGGUGGCAACCCCAAAAGAGGACAAGCUGACGGCUUUCAGUUGGAUAUAUUGGAUAACAUAAAAAACAUUAAGAGCAAGGAUAAUUCCCAAACUCUGCUGCAAUUUCUUGUGACGCAAUACAUUAAACGCUACUGUUCUGAAGAUGACCCCACCCCCAGCCUUCCUAUACCUGAGCCCAGUGACAUCACACAGGUCUCAAAUGUCAACUUUGAUGAUGUCAUAAAGGAUCUAAAAAAACUUGAUGGUGAUCUAAAUGGUAUUAGUAAGAAGAUGGAUGUUGUCAUAAGGAAUUCCUCGAGUGAGACUCUGCAGCCUUUCAAAGAUUUAAUGACCAACUUUCUCACCGAAGCUAACGACCUUCUGAAAGAACAACAAGAGAAUUGUGAAGAAAGUCAAGCAAUAUUUUCCAAGACAGUUUCGUUUUUCUGUGUCAAGCUGAAGCCUCCCAAUGAUGGUAAAGAUCCCACUCCCAGAGACUUCUUCAUUUUGUGGGUGAACUUCUGUAUUGAAUUCAAGUCCACUUGGAGGAAACAUCUUGCCAAGCUCAGUAAACAAAGGUUAGUUGAAGCUAGGGAUCGAGCUAAGGAGUUGAGAGAAAAGAAGAAAUCUAGUGUUCCCACCACAGCUAAGAAGGCUGGAGGUCUGAAAGACAAACUGGCUAAUAAGUCAAAGACUUAGAGACCUAGAAGGCUUAGAAAACAUAUUCAUUGGUGACUCAAGCCAUGUACUUCUAUCUAAUGGAACAAUUGGAGAAGUGAAAUAGAAGUUUGUGCUUAAAUAUGCAACUAACCUAGUAUACUGCUUACAUUACAUACACACAUCAGCUUUACAUGAACACUAAGGAUAGUAACAGUGAUACGCCAAUAAGCAUUGAACACAGAACUAUGCAGUAAUAUAAUGAUUAGUUGGUAUAUGAUCGAGUAAAGCAGAAUAUAGAUGUCAUCAAACACAGAAAUGUGGAGAAAAUACUUCUCUGGAGGUGGAGAGUCAUAUUUCAGCUUUUAAUUAGUCUGGAGAACUAAAGACAUAUAGAGAUGUGCAACCCCAGUAGAGUAGAAUACUUGGAAUGAUCACAGCUGUUGAGAAAAAAUGACAUUUCGAACAACUUCAUUUUUUCAGCUUCAUUCUUUAAUUCCCAUAAAUGGUAGGUUCAUAUUUCAACCUUUAAUAAGUCUGGAGAAUAAAAGACGUAUAAAAAGUGAUGUGCAUGUACAACCCCAGAGAGAAGAAUUCUUAGAACAUUUACGGCUUCUCUGGAUAAAUGACACUUCAUUGUAGACUUAUUUCAUUUCUUCAGACAUGAUCUUUAAGAAGUUCAAGUUCAUCUGUGAAUUGCCAUUAAUAGCAUCAUAUUCUAAUGUUACAUCUAAUCUCCGGACCCCCUUCCCUCUUUACUUCAGCUGUGAGGGGGGGGGGGGGUGUUCUCAAGGGUUUGGUGCAUGACUAGUAUUAUCCAAUUUCUGAUACUUCCUCACAUUUGUUGGGUUAAUAGCAAAAACAAAUUAUGUAUUGGGUCUAGCUAGUCAGGUACAAGGAAGGAUUGGUCAACCCACAGUGCAAUAUUAAUCUAGAUUUUUUUAUAGUUAUAAACUUUAUUUAUGUAAAGUAAAUACAUUGAUUUAGAUAUACAUGUAAAAAUGAUAGCUUCAUGAUAAGGUAAAUAUUACAGAAUCUUAAUGAAUUAAAAAAUAAAGAGAAAUAUAUAUGUAUAUUGGUCAGUCAGUCAACCAAUCAGAAUGAAGUAUUUUUUAUACCAUAUACCCUAUAUGCUUAUAACUGCAUAAUACUUUGUACAUCCCCAUGGGUAUUACCAAUCAUGAUUAAAUAUAACAUUACAUUAAGUCAUGUUUUGAGACUCAAAUGCACCAUGGGAUUAAAAGAUCUCCUGUGAGCUAGUCAUGAUUUUACAUCAUACAUUCCGAGAGGUGCAAAUAAAAAGUAUUCGUUUUGAAAAUGAUCCAAAAACUAAAAAAGAAAUAGUUAUUAUUUGGACUAUAGUCAUGACUCAUGUUUACUCCAAGUUUGAAUUCAUAAAUUUUUAUCAAUUUAUAUCUUAUAAGAUAAUGUGAAUUUUGUUGAAUACCUCCAAGCAUCCUUUGAAUAAAAAGUAAUAAAA